AUGAAUUCGAGAUGUUUUGAAGUUUUAUUUCUCAUGCUCAUCAUAUCUGUCCGUCCAGCUGUUGCUACUCCUUUUCAUAUUUUGCUAAUAGUUGUGGAUGACUUAGGGUGGAGCGAUGUAGGGUUUCACAACCCACAGAUCAACACACCGAACAUAGAUCACUUUGCUUCUGAAGGAGUAAUACUGGAUAAUUAUUAUGUACAACCUACUUGUACUCCAACCAGAGCCGCUCUUCUUUCCGGGAUGUACCCCAUACACACAGGUAAAUAUACAUUGAGUAUUGUGUUUUAAAUUCAGCUGAGGUGCGGAAAUUAAGCAAUUCUCAUUUUGAUUUCAAAACCGACGUCAGUCGCAAUCACAGAGCAUACCUGCUCAUCAGUCACUCAAAUCAGUAAGGCUAAAACUCAAAGUUUUCUAGCUUUAAAUAAUCUAUUUUGACUGAAGAGAAAAAUAAUUGGAAGGAUUCAUUACGUAGUGGGAGCUAGUUCAAGGACGCUGGCUCUCAAUUAUAUCGCCAUGCACUGCUACGUACAUUUCGCUAGAGUUCUUCUAGGUAGCUCUGAAACUCCGUCUUUUAUGAGUUCUUAAAUCACUAACUGGUUUUCAUUCGGCCAGUUGAAACUCUAAAUUCCUAUUUUUUGCUUGCAACAUUAGCAAAUUGAGUCGCCAUGAGUUUAGUGACCAUGAAAAAAAGGGUAAUUGACGUACGUUGUCAGAAAAAAUGUUGACGAAAAAUCUUUUUAACGUUAUGAAAAAUGUUUAUGUUUCUAGUCAUUAUUGAAGUGAGACAUUUGCUCCUCCAAAAGCUGGAUUCGAAUGGGGGCAUUUAAGUCAAAUUAACAUAUAAGAUUUUAGAUAAUAGACUAUUGCUGUCUCUCUUAUGCCUAUCAACUAUACUUGUGGCGAGGCCCAUUCAAGGAACUUUUCCAUCCCUAAAACAGGAGGGCACAAUGAUGAAAAACUAUUUGAAAGAUGAAAGAGGAAAGAGCAGCAAUCUUUAUCCAUUAUACCAGACCUUAAUUAAUAUUAGUACGACGGAUAUUCAAAUUUUUUGCUUUUCUGUGUGACAUGAAAUUUUCACGGGGAUUCGGAAAUAAUAAUAUUGCGGAUUCCAAAAAAUUUCUUAAAUUUAAAUCCGCGAAAAUGGUUGUCCGAGAACGGUAAAAAAAGGAACGUUAACAGAGUAAGUAAUUUGUUUGCCUUGCAUCAGUUUAAAAAUAGAUCAGUCGAAAGGGUAAAACAAAGAUUAAAAAUAGAGUGUAUAUCAAAAUGAUUCGAGAGCCGGCGAGAGUGGGCAGGAUUGUUUCUAGCAUUAGAAAUUACCAUGGUUUCAAAGAGUCCAAAACUAAGACUGCAAAUUAAAAGCAGCUGACAUACCUGGAGGCCAUUCUUAUUUAAUUUAAAAAACUCCAGUGAUAAUAAAAGGAAAUACUUGCUUAAAGACUCAGGGGCUGUUAACAUGGAGGGAGGAAGAUCCUAAAAGGCGGAAAAACUUAUUCAUUGGGUUUACAUGCAGAAAGUUCGGUCCUUGUGGUGCUAAGUCUUCUCUCUUUACUGGGCGUUUUACAAUUACGAAUUAUCACCUUAUUACAGAAUUAUCAGCUCUUGGUAAUUAUAACGAAGCCAAACGAAAUGGUCGGUUCUUAUCGCCGUGAUUACCCACUGAACGACUACCCGCCGCCAUUUCUCUCUGGUUUGUCCCUAAGGAUCGUCCUUGCGAAAACAGUGUACAUGGGGCUAAGAACGUCCUAGAACUAGGAUCUUCCUACCUUUUAGCUACGAAGACCCUAGUACUAGGAAGUUGCUAGCGCAAGGGACAAGUACAACCCAUUACUAACCGGCUACUGAAUACAGCCUGAAACAUAGUAAUGGCGCUAGCAGGAUGAUCCGCCUUCUAGGAUCUUCCUGGAUAACAUCCAAAGUUCAGGAAAAGAAAAAGAAAGUUGUUGUUUUCUUUUCCCACCUUUGAGAAAACGUGAAAUUAGGCAGUCUCACGUUGUAUAGUCAUGCAACUACGGCAGAGAAAUGUACAAAAAAGCGUGAUGCACGUGCAAAGUUGAUUGCUUUUAGCGGAGCUCUCGCGCGCGAAGCGCGCCAUGCAGCGGGACACCAUGGGUUAGAAAAUGAAGUAAUCUACCCAUCCGAAAAAAUGGCUAAUGGCUAAUGGGUAGAAGUGUACGGUGGUCAGAGGAGCUUUGCUUUCGAGCUAACCACCGCUAUAUUAUGAUUGGAAAUACAUAAUAAAUGUGCGCUUGGUGCCAUGGCAACUAUGGACGAUUAUGCCAGCAGUCAGGUUAUGUGAGAAAGUCAUAUUACAAUUGUUACCUUUCAGAGUUAACUAGAAUUCGCUUAUAUUCUUUUUUGAACUUAUGAUAUGUAAGUGUUUAAUCUUAGUAGGAAUCUCUUCCCAAGUUUUGGUUAUGGCAAACUUAAAUGUUUGUUUGCCGUAAUUUGACCUUACACGUGGUACAUGAAAGUUAAGAUUUGAGGCAUAUCUGGUAUUGUGUGAGUGAAUAUCAGACACCUUUACGAGGUAGUUUUGAAACACUUUAGGGAUAUUGGCUUCAUUUUGUGAGAUUUUGUGAGCUAGCAAGGAGAUUUUGAGUUUAAAAAUGCUAUCUAUGUUAAGUAUAUCUAGAAGUUUGAGGUAGGGUGCACUACUUUCUCUAUUAUGGCUAAAAAAUAUGUAGCGUAAACAUAUAUUUUGUUUUGUUUGAACCUGGAUAUGUUUCCCCAACUCAUAAUUCCAUAAUGAAGGUAGGGGUAGAUAAGUGAGUAAUAUAUUUGUUUGAGGGUGUUUAAAGUUAAGAAAUGGCGUUAUCUGAAAAGGAUUCCCAAGUUUUUAGAUAUUUUGCUGUUUAUGUGCUGAAUGAGGGGAGCCCAGUUUAGAUUUUUGUCAAUGCAGAUACCUAGGUAUUUGAUGUAGUUCUUUUCUUCAAUAUUGCGUGAAUUAAGCUUAAGUUUAUUUGCUUUUUGGGGGGAGGAGACUGUCAUAUAGUGGGUUUCCUUAAAGUUUACAGAAAGUUUAUUAGCUGCGCAGUAGCUAAAAAGAUGGUUGAAUUCCUCAUUUAUAGUGUUUUCAAGAUCCUGUAGAGAAUUGAAAGAGUAGAAGAGAGCGGUGUCAUCAGCAAAUUUUCUAAUAUUUGCCUUUUCUAAACAAUUGGGCAUGUCAUUGAUAGAUAUCAAAAACAGAAGUGGGCCAAGGGUAGAACCUUGUGGUACACCACAUUGGAUAGAAAGUGGGUCUGAUUUAGCAUUUUCAACUUCAACAUACUGUGUUCUGCUUUCAAAAUUAAAAUCAGAAACACUCUCUUCAAUUUCCGUCGGUAGUUCACUACUCAGAUUACUUCGAAAGGGCCCACUCGAUUAGUUUCACUCGGAAGAGUCUGUUAGUAAGUUGGCCUCGUGAAGUCGGUGAAUUGAACUGAACCAUUGGAAAUGCACGCUAAAUGUAGGUCUACAGCUCCAUUUUCAGGUCCAAACACUAAUUAUUUUUUUUCGAUCUACGACAUAUUACUUGAAAACAACAGUGCCGUCUGGUCUAAAUCAUAUUAUAAUGAGGUCCUGAAUUAAACUGUUUUUUUUUUUAAUCAUCAUUAGGUAUGCAAAAGGGAGUCAUAACUCCAGACCAGCCAUACGGACUGCCCCUUAGUUUUACUACCUUGCCGCAGAAACUCAAAGAAGCAGGUAAGACUAUAAUUACUCUGUAGAAACAACGUUCUCAGACAAGUGUUAAGAUCCCACCGUUAUAAGUUCUACAAGCUAUGGAAGUGGAAGCAUACUUAGCCUCGAUCACAGCCGCUGAGCGGCAAAUUAGCCUGCUCUCCACCCCCGGUGCAGAGUCCUACAAUAACUAGCCCCCCUCCCUCCCCGCUUCCCUCCACAAUGUGUACAACGCUGUAAAGACAAAAAGAUUCGACUGUAUCUUUUUCGCUUUAUUGACCUUUGUUUAAUAUUAUCUUAUAGCUAGGACUGCGAGUCUGUGUGGUAGAGAGAAUCCUGAAAUAUAGUACCUUAUUCUCCUUUAUUUUCGCGGGACUUAAAUUUCGCGAAAAAUUUCCCGGCACAUUUCGCGAGUCUUUAAUUUCGCGAUCGCGGAGAAAAAUUGUGUUUGCAGGGAAUUUAAUUUCGCGAAAUUGACGAUUAAGUGACUUAACUUUUUCUUUUUUACCAAAAUUGUACGUUAAUCAACGGCGGUGCAGGGUUUAACAUGGCCAAUUCAUUUUUGUGUGGCUUUCGUGGAUUCCAUGUUUACAAAGAAAUUUGGAAGCCCAUCGUCGGGGAGCUUUUGAGAUGUUCUCACGAAGGAAACGAUAUCUACGAUACGCAAUUGCAGCUAACAAACGGCUCCGUGGUCGCCUGGCCGAUUCGAUUAUAGGCCAUUUGCCCAGAGAGAUUUCUAGAGCUACUCGCUUUUUCUUAUUGAGAGGUGGGAUGGUUCAUCUUAAAGUUACUGAUGAAAACUAUCGUCGAUCCCCAUUGAUUCAGGGAGCUCUGGAAAUUCCUGUUGAGGUGAUAUGUGAAAUGGACGAUACACCAAGGAACAGGGCAAUAAUGGAAAGAUACCAUACACUCGUAACUACACACUAUAAGGAGCCGGGACAGGAUGGUCAAUUUGACGACUGUACAAAGGAUGUAUUGGAGGAACUGUGCGAAGAUGAUUACUCAGAUGCCGAAGAAGAACUUGAGGCGAAUCGUGACACUGAUUAACAUCUAAAGUUGAUAGAUGAUAGCUCUUUGUAAUAACACUUUGUGUUAAAAAUUGUUUAGUUUCCUUGAAACACACACAUACAUGAUUUUUCUAUGUCCAUUAAAUUUCGCGAGAUCAAAGUUCGCGGUCGUUAUUUUUCGCGGGUCUUUAAGUUCGCGAAUUUUUUAAAAUCGCGAAAAUCGCGAAUUUAAGAACCCGCGAAAAUUAAGGAGAAUAAGGUAUACUGGAACAGUAUAAAAUUUAUUUAACACAUACUAACAACUGUUAGCCUGAAAAAAACGCCGAUAUUUCGCCACGCCACCACUUGAUUCCCCGCGAAAUGACGUCUGAGAAACGAGCGCAGAAAUUCCAUACUGAUGACGUCUCAAAACCCAGAUCUGGGUAGCACUUCUGAUUGGUUGUGUCUGGAGAGAAAUUGGCAUCAACCAAUCAGAGGCACUACCCAGAUCGGGUUAGGGUAGUGACACGUCAUCAGAAUGGAAUUUCUGCUCGACGUCAUUUCGCCAGGAAACCACCGGUGACGUCGCAAAAUCUCAGCUGUUUUCAGUGAUCUCAAGCUAACCAAUUGCUCCUGCAAAUUAUCUUUUCAUUCCAGGAUAUUCUACGCACAUUAUUGGCAAAUGGCACCUUGGCUUCUUUCGUUGGCCUUACACCCCGUUAUACCGUGGGUUCGACUCCUUUUACGGUUUUUACGGUGGACAUGAAGAUUACUACAGCCAUAAAGGUGACGGAUUUCUUGAUUUGCAUGACAACAAGAAACCCGUACGGGAUAAGAGUGGAGUUUAUUCGGCAACGCUGUACGCUGAGGUACUUACAGAUCUUACAGAUUGUCAGGAGCUUAUAACCCGGAGCGAACAACUCCAUACUAGGCCUAUGCAAAGGCGUUUUUACGGACCAGUUUAUUUUUAGACACAUUUUAGGGCACCUUUUCACGCGAAAAUGGAAUCUCCGCCACGUGUAUGAACGCGUUCGAAGAAUAUUAAGAUACCAAAAAGGAAAACGUAACGUCAUUAAAAGGCAAAAAGUAUCAUUUUUAGGUCUGUAGGUUUUGUCGACUGCUUUGUGGGACUUAAAAGAUAUUCUCAAUUCCCAGCAAAACCGUUCUCAAAAUAAACUGGUCCAUAAAAACGCCGUGUCACGAGUACACGGCGUUUUUAUGGACCAGUUUAUUUUAUUUUCUCGCUUCAGGUUAUGGGCUGCUGAGAUGUUAAAUAGUACUCAUUACCGAAAUACAGUAGAAACCGAUAAUAUGACUUUUUUUUCUCCAUGAAAUUUGACCGUAGUCACCGGUUUACUGUCCUAUCUCCCUCCAAGGCGAGGGCUGUAAGGCUAGAGAGCUUUAGUUUCUAUGACGAGCUGGAGUUGAAUUAUAAAAGCUAGUACGACUACGAGAACGAAAUUUCCUUAAUACUAAGUAGUGCGCGCGCGUGAACCCAACCUCAGAUGAGAGACCCUGGGAACGAGGUUGGCGUGAACCAGCGUCAUUUUGGCGGGAAAACUUGGUAGCCGUCAUCGUUCUACUACGAUUGUUAGCGAGAAUGUCGCAAUCAGGAAACUAGGUUGUCAAAUGUUAGAAGUUUUAUCAUUUUUCGAUCAAGAGAGAGCUUAACCUCCUUCAAUAUAGCCGCAGUGCUAUCUUUUCUAAUAAAACAAGUACUGAAGCUUUCCGGGGUGUCUAUAUUUUGAGGAUACGCGAAAAAGCUUUUAGUUAAAUCUCGUACUCGUAGUCGUUCUCGUCCUGGAAUCUAAAGUUCUCUAUUGUCUGAGUUCGCAUCCAGCCCGAACGCAAUGCAAGCUCGUUGUACUCAGGUUGUCUUUAUGCAUAUAUAUAUGACGACAGCGUGCCCUACAGUUCCCUACUGAUAUAUACAGCUGUUUUGAGAAAGAUCGUCGGAUAAAGUGCACGCGACAACCCCGAAAGGUAUUGUGGGUGGUUUUGAGUGCACUGUUUUUCAAAGAAAUUUGAAAGAAUGGCAGAAGAUGCCAUGGACGUAUGUCUGCUAGUGCUAAAGGAAAGCAAAGUAGGUUCGACAGCUACAGUGUCAGGAACAGUGUAUUGAACAUAUCCCAUAUUACCUUUCGGGAUUGUCGCGAGCACAUUUUUUCCGACAACAGUUUCUCGAAAUAGCUUUAUAUUAAACAAAAGCCUUGACAAACUCGUCCGUUCUUUUUGCGCCAGUUUUGGUGAUCAAGAAAUGCUUGGCGAUGAAUCUCGAUUGCAGAAGUAUUUCACAUAGAAACUGCUCAGUAAUUUGUUUACCCACGAAACCCUUGGGAGUUUUUACGAACCCGUCCUGUCAACUUCAAAAUAUAAGCGAAAAUCAAGUUAAAAGAACAUUUCCAAAUCAGUUUAUGACUUGGGUUUCUUUUUCUAUUAAACAGCAAGCAAGAAGAGUGAUCCUAUCGCACAAUGCAUCCAAACCCUUGUUUUUAUACCUUCCAUUUCAAAGUGUGCAUGGACCAUUAAGCGUUGAUCUAAAAUACGAACAGAAGUAUCGAGGAAUUCGCAACAAGGCGAGGCGAACUCAUGCUGGCAUGGUUGACAUUAUGGACGAAGCGAUAGGAAACGUCACAGAAGCUAUGAAAGAGGCCGGGUGAGUCGUCAACAGUAUAAGUUCGUUAAUAGAAGACUUUUCACAUUCUCAGGUAAAGACGCCUACAAGGACAAGGUUCUAGUGCGCGCGCAGGAACUAAAGUGGCGGGAAAACUUGAUAACCAUCGUCAUUCUAUUACGAAGUGUACUGAGCGAAAUUUUGUAAUUGCCGAAAACAAAAAGCUGAAAUAUUCAUUCCGGGCUAUGGCCAGGGACUCGGUUCUCGAAAGGCCUUGUAAUGUUUGGUGUUAGGGCGGAAUAGCAUCAGAUAAACAUGAAAAUUUGGUUCAACAUUUUCAAGUUCCAUUCCACGUCUAUUCUUGCCAGCCGUAGAAACAUUCGACAGAAGACAAUCUCGAUGCCUAAACAUAGUCUUCAAUUAGAAAACAAUGAAAAGACAGCCGACAAUUGGCGACGUCACCACUGGUUUUUCCGUUAAAUGACUGAAAUGACGGUCUGAGAAACGAGCGAAGAAAUUCCAUACUGAUAGCGUGUUACUACCCAGAUCAGGGAAGUGCUUCUGAUUGGUUGAAGCAAAUUUCGCACGCGGCACGACCAAUUAGAAGCACUACCCAGAUUUGCAUGGGUAGUAACGCGUCAUCAGUAUGACGUCAUCAGUAUGGAAUUUUCUUCCGUCACUGCUCCUCAAACGUCAAUUCGUGGGGAAACCAGUGAUAGCGUCUCGAAAUUGACUGACUGUUUUUUAAGACUCAUUGCAGCAAUAUACAGAAUGGCUGAAUUACAGAGCUAUUUACAAAACAUAUAAUACUAAAAUAUAAUACAAUAAAUCCAAUAAAUACUAGAAAAUAUAAUUGUACAAGCCACUAGAUAUACUUAUGAGUGACAAACUCUUACGUGCGCUUGGUCCUACAGGUAGGACACGUGGGGCGGCUAAUGCCAGAUCUAAGAUUAUAAUUAUGCACAAAGCCUCCUGUUUCCCUUUUGCACUAUAACUUCUAAAUGAUGGUUCCAUUUCAGGUCAUUGCUUACAUAAACGCCUAGUAACUUGUAUGUCAUGACUCUCUCAAUUGUGUUACUACCAAUUACAAUAGGAUUCACAAUAAAAUUAUGAUUACUUAUAAAAUUAAUUAGCAUCUCCUUGCAUUUAGUAGGGUUCAAUUUCAUUCUGUGAAAUUUCAUUCUGUGGUUGAAAUUUCGUUUGUUGUUUUAGCUUUUUAGAAACAUAGCAGAUAGCUUGACAUAGUCCCCUAAACAACACUUAUUAUGAAAAGAUUGUACUUCUUUGCUUUCCUUUCAGUCUAUGGAACGAAACCUUAACGAUUAUAACUACUGAUAAUGGAGGCAAUCCUGAUAAAGGUGGAUACAACUGGCCCCUCCGGGGACAGAAAAGAGACUUCUGGGAGGGAGGGGUCAGGGGAGUUAGUCUAGUUCAUGGAACGAUGCUUCAAAAGACUGGGGUCAAGUGCAAGGAACUACUUCAUGUAACUGACUGGUAUCCGACUCUCGUUAAUCUUGCAGGUAAAUUUGUCAACUAACAGUUGCGUGUUUUUUAAUCUUUGGCUAAGGUCGGGGACAAUAUGGAACUAUGCGGAUUAUGCAAUUCUGAACCCACAUAGAUUUUAGUUUAAGUAAUGAAGUUGGCAAGCUGCGAAUUCUGGUAGAAUCUUUGCACAGAUACCUUAUUUUGGAAUUUCUGACCAACUGCGAGCCGAAAAAUCCCCUUGAGAAAAUCUCCUACUUAUAGUCGUUCUCGUCUUACUGAAAAUCUAAAGGUGUCUAUUUUUACAAUCUCUCACCUCCAAUACAACUAAAUCUUGUCCAUUGAUUUUAUCCUUAACAGUGCCGCUACGGUCUGGAAAGGGCAUCCUGAUUUCGCUUUUCCGCGUCUCAAAUAUCGAUCAUUGGUAUCACAAAUAUCGUUUACUUUCCCAAUCCUACAUUACUCUCCCCAAGUUUGGCAAAUCCCACUUUCCGGGUAGCAGUCAAACCGGUUAAGGAUUGGAAUCUGGAAUCCAAGCUUCACUGACAAAAAAUCAGGAAUCUGUACCUGGAAUCCAGAGCGUGGAAUCCGGAAUCGAAGACUGUCUUAGAUUUUUUUUGCAUGGGACGGUUGCAGAUUUAUGUUUACGCUCAGCUUCGCUUUCUUUCAUGUUAAUCAGUAUUUGUUCUUCUGAAUAACUGUAGAACGAUCUCUUGGAAAAAGACGCACUCACGCAACUAUUCCACAAUUGGAUGGCUUUAAUAUUUGGCGCAGUAUAUCUGAAGGGGCUCCAUCGCCACGAAAGGAAAUUCUACACAACAUUAUCGACCAAAAGGCAGCAAUUCGUGUUGGAGACAUGAAGCUGAUAUUAAAUCAAGCCGAUAGAGAGAGGUAUAUCCCACCAGAGUUGAUUAAAAGUAUUCCAGCUGAACAAGGAAAAAAGGUAAUUGUGCACCCUUCAUGCCUAUACCUCGUUGAUUUCAGCAUUGUCGCUUGUCUUUGUUUCCUCGUAAAUUGAGCAGAGUGAGAUAAAAACCAAGCCUUGAUCAGUUUUCACAGCUCUUCCAUCAACAUUAUUGGGGCCAUGCACGUGCAUUACACUAAAUGGUCUCCUUGGAGACAGUAACGCAAUGAAGUCGCGUGAUAGACCCACACCCGUGAUGGGCCAACUAUGUUGAGAGUUGUUGCAUCCAUUUCCACAACACUGACAACACGGACGCGUGCGCAACAACUCCCAACAAAGUUGACCCAACUAUGUGGGGAGUUGAUGCGUCCGUUUCCACCUAGCUUUAAUAUUAUGUCUGUGGAAUGAAAGAGAAAUACUGGGGACAAAAUGUCGUUGCGUCGCAAUUGAUUUUGUCGUGGAUUUUGUGACAAGUUUGGGUUAUGCCAGAUAAAGUAGCUUUUCUAAACCAUUUAUUAAAACUUCUUUUAAGUCUUCAAAUUUUCACUUUCGUUGCAAUUUCUAUCUCCAGGGACACUGUUGCAAAAAAGUUAUUGAUGUGGGCCUUUACAACAUUACCGCCGAUCCAUAUGAGAUAGUUGACCUUAGCAAGCAGUUCCCGGAUAUUGUGGAGGCAUUGAUGACCAGGGUGGAGUUCUACAGACAGAGUGCUGUACCCGCC